AUUCUCCACAAACCAUUGGGCUGGUCCUUUGCCGUCGCUCAGGCAAGCUAGCAGCUGAGAAGGGAGCGAGCAGCCGAUUUGCGGCCUGAGGCCUCGAAUUCUCCUCCCAGCCGAUAGAUGCUUCGCAGAUGGAAGGAGAGCAAGAAGAGAAUAGCAUGAAAGCACAAACAUUUCACUUAUUGCCAGAUGAGCAGCUAGUGGCACUACAUCAACAGCUGGCGGAAAGCCAGUCAUCCUAUCGUCACAAACUGCAGAGUUCACAUGAGGCCCAGCAGAGGCAAGCAGUACUUGUACAAAAACUACAAGCAAAGGUAUUACAGUAUCGGAAUUGGUGCAAGGAGCUAGAACAGCGCUUGGAAGCAAGCAAGGGAUCACAUCCAUUUCAGGGGGAUCGGAGAGAAGACCACAGUCUAGAGAAAGCACUGGUUCAAUUGGAAGAGGAGCAGCAGAGGUGUGAGAAUUUGGCUGGGCUGAACAUAUUACUCCAAGAGCACCUGGACAAGGCCAACAAAGUGAAUGGGGCACUCCGAGAGGAUGUCAGCAAACUGGUAGCUGAUUGGACAAAAGCAAGGGAAGAGUUAGAUUACAAAGAGAAUGAGUGGCACAAAGAACGAGAGUUCUUUGAGAGUUAUAUGCGGGCUGAACAUGAUCGUAUCCUUGGCAUAUGGCGACAAGUGGUGACUUUACACCGUUAUUUUAUGGAAAUGAAGACAGCAGUUGACAGGGAUUUGUCUGAGCUAAAGGCAGAGCAAGUGAAGCUUUGUGGAUCUAUCCUUGUCAGUUGCUUCCGUCUAAGUUCUGACAUGCAGCUCUGUGAGACCAGCAGUUUGAGAAGCCCUGCACUGAAGAGUGAACAUCAGAAACAGCAACAACUGUACACCAUGCCUCAGAAGAUGGAUAGGGACAAAGAAAUUUACCAGCAAACACAAGCAAUUGUGAGUUUGCAUGUCAAAGGAGGCUUAGCAAAGGAGGAUCUCCAAAACAGAGUAGUAGAGCUGACUGCCUUGCUUGAACAGACUCAAAAAGAGAAUGAGGAGAAAGAGAAAACAGUGAAGACUCUCAGAGACACCGUGGAGAUGCUGGAAGCAAAACAUUUGGAGAUAGAAUAUGAAGAAUUAUUGAACAGGGAUGUCAAUGAAGAAAUCCUUUCUCUUCAACAUGUGAUAAAAGAAAUAACUCAAGCAAUCAUCAAUGAGAGUGAUGCAACAAUUGGCAGCCCACGAGCUGAGAACUGUGCUGAGCCUUGCAACCUGUUGCAGCUGAACCCUGCUGAUCCAGAUGCCACCCUCCUUGUGGUGCGUGAUAGGCUGAUGAGGAGAAGCAGUGAAGUACAGCACCUGAAACAGCAGCUUUUGGCAAGUCAAAAUUCUGUCAGCACCCUGGCAAAGCAACAAGAACAGCAGGAACAGCAUUGCAACUUCUUAAGACAAAGGCUUGAGCAGCUUGAAGGAGAACGUGAUGCCCUCACAAACCAGCUCCAGCAUCUCCAGUCUACAGUGGAGACUUACCACAGUGACCAUGCAGCCUUGGAUAAAUCCAGGAAAGAAUUGCAACAGCAAGUGGAAGUCAUGGAAGAGGAGGUCCGGCACUUGCGCCAAAGCAAUACUGAGCUACAACUGAAAGGAGACCUGAUGGAUGGGGAGAAAGAGGAACGGAAGCAAGAAUUGGAAAGGAUGCUGCGGGAGAGAGAAUAUAUUCAGGAAGAUCGGAACACCCUUGAAGAAAAGCAUUCUUUGUUAAGGAAUGAGCUGAUAGCUAUGAGAGAAGCUCUGGAAAAAUCUCAGCUUGAGGGAGAUCUAGCGAAGCAAGAAAAACAUGAAAUUGCUUCAGCACUGGAGCAGGCUGAGCAGUCCCUUGCAAAGUUAUCCAGCGCAUACAAUAAACUGAAGACUGAAACUGCUGACCUGCAUGACACAGCGGCAAAGAUGGGUGCACUUAAUGAAGCUUUAACAUUGGACAAAGUGGGUUUGAAUCAACUUAUCCUGAAGUUGGAGCAGGAAAACCAAACUCUUUUGGACAAAGUGGAUUGCCUGGAGAGAGUAAGAACCUCUUCACAGAAAAAACUCCAUCAGACUGAAAAAAUCAAUGAGGAAUUAUAUGCAGAGAAGUUUCGGCUGGAGCAGUUGCUGCAAAAGGCUGAAGAAUUGCAGGAAAAUUUAAAGGAUCAGUUGAGGGGGCUACAAGAUGAACAGAAAGAAACAUAUGAGAAGCUGAGCCAAGCUUAUCACCAGCAUGAAACAGCUAAUACCAAUUUGGAAAAGGCACAUCAGGAAUCAAGUUGUCUUGGAGAGGUUUUGACCAAGGUAUCCAAAGAAAAAGAACUGUUAAUGCAUGAGAAAGCUACAUUGGAAGUUCGACUUGGGUAUAUUGAAAGGGAGAGAUUAAGCCUUACAGAACAGGUGGAAGAGUUCAGAUCAACCAAAGAUAUUCUUGAAUCGAGCCUCUUUCAAGCUCAGCAGCAGGUUUCUCAACUGGAAGUUACCACAGGUCAACUGGAAAUGAAAGUUCAAGCAAUCAGUCAGGCCAAAGAAGUGAUACAAGGAGAGGUGAAAUGCCUUUCUAUGGAACUGGAAGCAGCAAAGUCAAAAGUUGAGCAAGAAAAGGAAGAAAAAGCACAGCAGCUCUUACAGGCAGAACAAAAAUACCAAGAAACCCUCAACCAGUGUCAAAUUGUACAUAAAGAGGAAAUGAAUGUAAUCUAUCAAGAGCUGGAAGGUGAACGAAAACGUCACCAUAUAGAAAUGGAAGAGGUGUUGAAGCGCAUGAUCAUGGAGAAGGAAGAGAUUGAAAUUGUCUGUGAGAAGAAGCUUCUGGAGCUGCAGAAACAGAUGAUGUUAGAAAAAGAAAGUGAGAGGAAAUCCUUACUAGACGAAGUUCUCCAAACAAAGAAGGAAUUGGCUAGUACUUGCCAGCAGUUGGAGCAUCUCCAUUGGGAAGCAAAAAAGCAUCAAGAGAAAGAGGAGGGUACUCUACAAGGUCUGGAAGCUGAACUGAGAGAUGCCCAGAGUACAAUGGAAACACUGGAAAAGAAAUACAAGGCGGAAAUAAAAUCUCUCAAAGAAGAAAUCAACUUCCUUGUUCAACAGCAACGUACUUUGCAAAGUCAGGUACAAGAUUUGGAAUCCCAGCUACUGAUAGCCAAAGAUUCUUGCCAGAACACUCAGCAACAUUUAAAAGAGGUGCAAGAACAGUCAAAACAGAAGGUGUUAGAAGGAGCACAGCUCCAAAAGAUGUUGGAAUCAGAAAGGAAACAGCACAAGGAUAUAGUUCAGCAGAACAUUGAGUUGCAGAGCCAGAAAGAAGAGAUGGAGCACAAGAAUGCUGAACUACAGGGAGAGCUGCAGGGAAAACAGAAAGAAGUGGAAGAAAAGCAUGCUGCACUUCAAGCUCUGGAGAAGCAGCAGAGCCAAUGGGAAGAGGCAGAGCGUCAGAAUUCAGAGCAGCAUUCUGCACUCCAAAGGCAGUGGGAAGAGACAAAACAGCAAAAUAAACAGUUGCAAAAUCAACUAAGGGAGACAGAACUUAAGAAUGGAGAGCUGAAGCAUCAGAGAGAUGAGGCAGAGCGUCAGAAUGUGCAAUUGAAGGCUGUGCUCCAGAAGCAACAAGAAGAAACCAAACGCGAGAAUGCAAUGCUUCUAAGCAAUUGGAAGGAAGUGCAACAAGGCUAUUGUGAGUUGCAGAGCUGGAAGGAAAAAACUGAACAUCAGAAUGCUGAAUUGCAGGCCCUUCUCCACAGCCAGCAAGAGGAGUUAGAAAAUCAGAACAUGGAGCUGCAAACAAAGCAGAAGGAAAUGGAACAUCAGAACACAGUUCUGCAGAAGCUGAAGAAAGAGCAGAGCCAGUGGAAGGAGGUGGAAUGUCAGAAUGCAGAGCUUAAGGAAACACUGCAAGCUUUGGAGCAGGAAAAAACCCACCUGGUUGUAGUGUUAGAAGAGAAGGAAGUCCACUUUAAAAACCUGCAGCACAGCAAUGCUGCCCACCAACAUGAAAUUGCCAAACUGAGUACUGGCCUGCAGCAAGCAGAAGAGCUGCUCACUGAGCGCACAAAACAAAUGCAGGAGCUCAAUAGCCAGAUGCAGUCACUCAAGCAGUUGAUGGCAGAGAAAGAGGCAGCCUUCAGAGAUCACGAGAUGCAGCUCACCCAAGACCUGGAAGAAUCCCAUGCUAAUGAGCAGAGUUUGAAGGACUCUAUGCAGAGAAUGGAGGCUGAAGUGUCUCGGUUGCGCCUGAGCCUAUGCAACACAGAGAGUCGGGCAGAUGCAUUGGCCUCUGAGUGUCAGCGCACUCGCUCAGCCCGUUGGGAAGCACAAUCCCAGCUUACCAAGCUAUGCUCAGUUCUACAGAACAUGCUCUGUAACAGAACUGAAGCAAAGUUGGAACACAGGGGGCAGGGAGACACAAACAUGUGGAGUUCAUUUCCCCUUAGUAAAGAACAGGAUAAUAAGACGGGACUUGCUAUACCUCAGCUUAAGGACUUUUCCUCAGAGCUUACAGUGGAGAGAAUAGCAGAAGCUAUUCAGGACCUGCGGCAGAAUCUGUGGCAGGCUCACUUACAACGGGAUGAGAUGAAGAAGAAUUUUGAGAAACUGAAGCAUGAACUCUCUGAAAAGGAAGCAGAAAGAGACCGUCUCAGUGCCAAAGCCCAAGAACUGCAAAAGUGGCUGAACCAAAUCCAGGAAGAAAAGAAUGUAGCAGAAGGUAAACGAGGCUCCUUAGAGUUUGCAUUGAAGGCAGAAAUCAUUGCCUUCAAAGAAGAAAAUGUGACUUUGCGUGGGAAGGUGACCACUUUGGAGAAGACCCUUGAGAGUACAGAAAAACAAAGAAAGGAUAUAUUGAAUGAACGAGAUGCACUACAAAUGGCUAGGGAAAAGAUGGCAUGGGAGCUGGAUCUUUUUCGGGAAUCUGUCAGAACUUCUGAGAUUCGAGCAAAUGCCAUGGAAAAGAUGAAUCAAUCCCUGGAACAAGAGCUUCAGACAACUCUAUCAACACUCAGAAGUAAACAUGAGGAAGUAGAGACUUUGCAGCAAGAAACAAGUGUAGGAAAAACUUUGCAAGAAGACCUGAAUUGUCUGACUGCUAUGCUAGAAAAAAGAGAGGAAGAAAUAAAAUCCCAACUACAGCAGAUUCAGGAUCUAGAGAUGCACAGAGAAUUACAGAAUGCAGCUGUAGAACACCUCACUAAAGAUCUAGAAAAUCAAGGUCUAGAAACAGAAUCUCAAAAAAGACAAAUAGAAGAGUUGAGAAAGGAGAAUGAAGUGAAGGAGGUUGCUGUAGAGAGACUAAAUCAAGAUCUAGAAGAGAUGCUCCAAAAUAUGAACUCUCAAGAAGAAAAGAUCCAAAAACUAGAGGAGCUGACACAAAACCAGAGAACUGUCAUGGAAAAACUGACUUUGAAUCUGGAAGAAAAAGUCAAGGAAAUUAAAAUCAAGGAGGAAAGAAUCAAAAUACUAGAAGAGAAUGAGUCAUUACAAAUUGGGGCUUUGCUGAAAGAUCUUGGUGAUUUAAAAGUACAGCUGGAUGAAAAAGAUUGGGAACUUGCAUCUCUAAAGCAGCUACUCCAGGAACGGGAAGAACAGGGGGUAAAAUGUGAAAAGGCUCUUCACGGAAGCCUAGAACACAUGAAUACCAUUCUGCAGGACAAAGAAAAGGAGGUGGAAUCCUACAGGGAACAGAUCACAAGUUUUCAGCAGGAUGAGGCUCAAAGGGAGAAUCAUCUCCAUGAACUUCAUGAGAAGCUAAGACAGAUGGCAGUCACCCUGACUCAGCGAGAUCAAGAGCUUGAGUCCCAAAAGCAGCAAGUAAGAGAAAUAGAAGGAGAAAUGAAAACAGAAGUAAAGGCUCUCCAUGAACUUAUAGCAAUCACUCAGCAGUCCCUGGAGGAAAAGAAUAAAGAGCUAGAAUUUCAAAACAAAUGUGAAGAGGAGGUGGAGAGGCAGAUAAGAGUUCUACUUGGAGAUGUUCAAUGUUACACGGAAGUUAUGAAGGAAAGAGAUGGUCAUGCAGAGCUUCAGAAAGAACAAAUAAGCCCACUCAAAGAACAUGUGCUAAAAGAAACAAUUAUUGAUGUGUUGGAGCAGCUCAGAGUGAUGUUAAGGGGAAGAGAGAAAGAAAUUGAGUCCCUAGAAAGGCAGAAAGAAGAAAAUGAAGAAGAGAAAAAAAAGCUGGUGAGAGAAAUGCAAACAAAUCUUCAAGAAGCAAAACAAGCUUUGCAAAAUAAAGAGAGGCAACUUGAAUCCUUAAAGAAAGAAAAUUGCCAGCUUCAGCAACAAGAGGAAAAAGCAGUGGUGGAGACAAAAUCUAUCUUGGAGAAACUGGAGUUCACCAGAGCUUCCCUUCAAGACAAAGAUAAAGAGAUUGAAUCAUUACGAGAACAAAUCAAGGAACUCUCAAGAGAGAAGGAAGAGGAACUGAGUAGGGUUGCAAGCCUACAACAAGAUCUACAUAGGAUCAAUGAGUUAAUGACAGAGAAGGAAGAGGAGCUUCACAAGCAGGCAAAGCAAAUGUGCACAUACCAGGCUAAAGUAGAAGCAACACUGGCAGAAUCACAGGCAUGGCAGAAUCGAGCAAAUCAGUUGGAGGGUGUACUUAAAAAGAAAAAACAAGAGAGUGAGAACAAAGAUGAGCAGAUAAAACAGGAUGAAACACCUCCCAGAGAAAGAGAGGAAUUUCUAGAAGGGUCAAAAGAAAGGGGAAACCAGAUGAAAUUUGAAUAUGAAAGGCAACAAAAGCAAAUGGAAAAUGAGAUUAAAGUUCUUCAGGAGAACAUACAACAUCUCCAGCAUGUGCUGAAGAAAAAAGAUGAGGAGGCUGAAUGGCAGGGAGGGAAAAUUGAGCAGCUGCAAGAGACAGUCCGAGGCAACGAGAAAGAACUACUAACUUGUAGUGAAAAGCUAAAGGAAGUAAUCACAGCUCUGAGACUGCAAAAUAGUGAAGAAGGCAACUUACAGAGUUAUAUACAAACACUUCUUGCAUGGAAGGAAGAAAAAAUAGUUAAAAGCAUGUCUCUUCAGGAAAAAGACCAGAAGCUGGAAUGGCAAAAGGAAAAAAUUCAACAUUUGGAAGAUGAGAACAGAGUAAAGAGACAGGAAUUGGAUCUUGUGACAACUGUUUUGAAACAAACAGAGAGUGGAGAGAUAGAAUGGAGAGAGAGAGCCCAGAAGCUGAGUCUGUCUCUAGCCCAGAGUGAAGCGGCCCUGAGAGUUCUGAGGGAGGAAAUGGUGAUUGUACAGAACAUGGUUUCAGAAAGAGACAGGGACAGGCUCCAUCUACAGGAACAGUUGAAUACAGCUUUCAGAGCUCUGGAAGAAGAAAGACAUAGCACUGAAGCACUGGUAGGAGAAGUGGAUCUGCUGAACAGGGAAAGUGAUAUGCCAGAAGUAAGUCAUCAAGAGGCUGGAGAGGCUUUACAAAAAGGGAAGUUGACAUGGGUGGCUGAAAGGAGAUGCUUGUACAGGCGCCUCCAACUUCUGCAGCAAGCUGUUGCCAAGCUGGAGAAUGAUAAAUAUGGUCUAGAGCAGCACAAUACCCAGCUUAGAGAUGCGCUGGAACAGGUAGAACGUGAACGGAGGAGAUUGAAGAGGAGUCGUGGAAACUUUUCUCUGAAUUUUGGAGACUCUGAGUCUGGUCCUCAAAGGAGUUCAUCUUUUGCCAAGGAAGAAAUCCAGAUUCUCCAUAAGCAACUGGCAGAAUUACAAAAACAAGUUUGUGUUCUACAAAAGCAGCUCUCACUAGAACGGAAGCAGAAACAGGAUUAUAUUGACUGUUAUACCAAGACAAACCAGGAACUUUCAGGCUUACGCCAAGAGCUCUCAGAUUCUUUAGCUGCUGUGGCUAGGGAACCUGAGGCUACUAUUCUAGAAUCAGAGACUCGGAAGCUUGAUGAAACUUUGAAUCACAGUCUGCAAUUGACAGCAGGAAGCUGGGAUAACCUUUUGUCUGGAAAGCACACAAUAAGCUCAACACACAAAAAGGUCUAGUAGAAAGCCUCACGGUAGCAUGGAAGAGAUGGCAAGAGCCAGCGAUGCUGCAGAAUUAAGGCCACUAUACCUGCAGCUAACAGGAGCUUCUUCAAACACUGUAAAUUUUAACUGUAUUGAACUGCAAUAGUUUUAAUGAGUCUUCCCCUUGCCCAAUUGAGUCUUGACUUUUACGACUCAUCCUGCCAACCUUUAUUCUUCAGAGCAUUAAGUGCACAUUGUUCAGAACUAAUGAAGUUCAUAUGAAAACAGGCUGUGAAAUAAUGAGAGCAGUAUUAGGCUGCAUAGUAAAUGACUGAAGGUAUGUAUUAUGGAGACUUUGUCACAGAACAAACUCUGAGCCAGGGCAUGAAAGCCAAAAUAAAAGAGAACUAUUUAUAAUUAUUGAGUUUCUGGUGGAGAGAAUGUAAGUUCAUUAUAGAAAACGGGUUCUGAGAGAGACUGAAAAUAUUUCUAGCCAGUUAUUUUGCAUAGACUCAGGACAAAACAGGACAGGAGGGAGGGGUCCCAAGCAAAAGAAUAUUAGUUUCAGUUGAAAUCCUUAGUAUCUUACUAUAAAUUUUAAUUAAGCUUUGACACUUCAUCUUGUUCUAAACUUCUUCCCAGCAGCUUAUUGUAAAAUAUUUCCAAAGUUAUUUUUUAUAAUAUUUGUACUAAAUUUUCUUAAUAUUUAUAAUAAAUAUAUUUGUUUUAACUCUU